GAAGUGUUCCCAUGCCCGUCCCACUUAUAAAAACAUACUUUCGGCUCAUGUGGGCUUGCGGAUGCUUCUCUCCCAACCCAAAACCACGCCUCCCCAUGACUCUCGGUCGCCCCAUGGAUCCCCCCGCCACCGCCGCCGGCGACCCCCCUCCCCGGCCGCGAUCCGCCGCCCGCCCGUGUCACCGACGGCGAGGAUCAUGCUAGCCGUCGCGACGUGGCUCCGCGCGCGCCACCGGAGCCGCCGCUGCCUGCUGCUGGCGCUCUGCUCCCCGCUGCUCCUCCCCCUGCUCUGCGCCACCUUCCCCCUGCUCUGCGCCGCCGAGCUCUGCCUCCGGCUCUGCUGCCGGAAGAGGAGAUCCGGGGACGAGGGGGAGGACGACGAGGACGAGGAGGCGGCCGCCGCCGCGGACAGGCUGCGGAGAUGCGAGGAGGGGCGCUGCUGCGGCGGCGGCGUGGGGGACCGCGAGGUGGGGCUGUUGCUCCAGAGGUACCUGGAAGAUCAGCUGAUGCUGGUGGGAUCCGUGUACGAGUGCGGGGACGACGGCGACGGCGACGGCGACGACAACGACGGGGAUGUCGGGUUCCUAGAGAGUUGUCGGAGUCCACUCCUCGCUUGAGUUUGAUUGGUAGAUGGGGGGAUUCGAUUUUGUGGGAUUUUCUCUCUUUUCUUUCUUUCUUUCUUUCUUUCGUUUUUUUCUUUCUGGGUGUUGUCGAUUGUGCUCUGUUUUGCCAUGAAUUCUACUCGUGUACAUGAUGAAAUUGCUAAUUAAACAGCGGGCGAUCACCAAAAGAAAAAAAGCGAGGUUGCCCUUUUGAUCAA